CCCGCCAGCAUGUUCGGCGUCCAGCAGCAGGUCCAGCCGGCGCCGGUGCCGCCCCCCUGGGGCGCCCGCCCGCAGUACGCCGCCCCCUCGCCGCCCCGCUCCUACUGCCCGGCGCCGCCGCCGCCGCCGCCGCCCCCCUCGCGGCCCUGGUUCGAGCCGGGCGGGCCGGCCGACCCGGCGCCGCUGCCCGCCACGCUGCCCCGCGCCCGCCAGAGCCGGCCCGCGCCGCUGCCGCUGCUGGGCCAGGCCUGCCCGGAGCCCUUCCCGCCGCAGGACGCCUGCAACGGCGGCAGCGUGGUCUACGAGCGCGUCCGCACCUACAGCAGCCCCGGCGGGAAGCGGGUGCCGCUGCUGGACCCGCCCAGCGACUGCUCGCCCCGGACGGGCUCCCCCUUCGACGCCGGCCCGGGCUACCAGCACGUGAUCUGGAGCAGCGACCCGCCGCUGCAGGAAGUGGCAUCUCCAGCCUUGAAAUUGUCUCCUUACUCCCAGAGCAGUGUAAGAAGGAUUAUAUUGGAGAAUCCUGAGAAGGAGCCACUUUCUCCACUUCUGAGAGGAGGAAGUAAUGUGAUCUAUGAAAAGACAAUAAGAAAAUAUGAGCUGCUAAAGCCAGAGGAGGAGAAGCAGUACCAAUAUGCCCUCCAGCAAAACCAGACUGACUAUUGCCAAGUCAGCCAGCCAGUGGAACGAGUCCAGGUGGUCCCCCAGUGCCAAACCACGGGCAAUGCCUGUAACUCCACUCCUGCCUGUGCCAAUGACGUUGGAAGGGGCAGCAUUAAUAAAGUAAUAAAGUGUGAACUGGUAAAGAGCACCCAGCAGAUGAAUGACCAGCUGGACUGCCGAUACUUCGGCGAGCUGCUUGCAGAGCUGCACCGCAAGAGCAACGACCUGCACAGCUGUUUGCUCCAGCACAUCGAGAAGCUGGGCGGAAGAAGAUACAAACUGGAAUUUCUGAAUGAGACAGAGGAUAUUGAGAGCUUGAUUCCUAAAGGGCUUUCGGAAUCAACAAAACAGCAGAUCCGUUACCUUCUGGAGAUGAGAGUAACAGCUGAUAAAUCGAUGCGGCUUGUCCUUGCUACCUUCAACGGCCUUCGAGAGGAACUUCUCCAUCUGCAGGAUGACUUAGGGAAGCUGGAAAUGGACAAGAUGCUGCUUGAGAAAGAUCUGGCUUUCAAAGAAACUCAAGUAAAAGAAUAUGAGAUGCUUUUGGCAUCUGUGCGAGAGAAUAAUCAUCAGCAGCAGCAAGCCCUCCGUGAAUACACUCUGAAGUGCCGUUCCCUGGAAGAACAGCUCCUCUCUUUCCGUCACAACGACAGUGAGCGGGAAUUCCGGCUGAAAGACUUGGAAUACAGCAAACAAGCCUUGGAGCAGGAAAUCCAGAACUUGAGACUCCAGACUUCCACCAAUCCUCUGGGCCAGACCACCACGGAUGAACUCUCCAGCCGCUACGUGGAGAUGAUCAAUCAACUCAGAGAGGAUAAAGACCGAGAGAUCCGCUGUCUGCGGUCCCAGUUGUCCGAAUUCCAGAAGGAUUUCUCAAGAAAGCAAGGGAGCGACGCUGACCUUCAGAUGAAAGUGCAGGAGUUGAUCCUGAAGCUGGAAGAGAGGGAGGCUUGUAUCAAGCGGCAGGAGGAGGAAGUCUUCAGACUGAGGCAGGAAAAUCUAACCAAUCAAUUCACAAAGACCAUCAUCACAAAAAAAUUCAGGAAUCAGUACCCCAUCCUUGGCCUAUUGUCAGAUGACUACAAAGUUACAUCACCUGUCAGGGAAUCACAGACUAUUGUGAUUGAAAAAACUGGAGAAAGGUGGAAGCAGGAAUUGUUUCCUUCUAAUUAAGGAACUGCUGGCUUCUUUCAAGAAUGAGCAAGUCUGCUGGACAAGUUAUGGCUGAUGAGAAGAGUCUACAUAAAAAUAAAUAUUGUUACAUUAUUUUCUGCUCCCCCAUCCCCACCCCCCUCAUUUAAUACUUAAAGUCUGAAAUAAUUUUGUUAUCAGUCAGGGUUGGAAGGCAUUGUUAAAGCACACACAACGCAGCAUUUGAACAAGUUACUCAAACCAGUGGUUUUCUACCUUCAAGCUGAACUGGUCAACUGAAGAACUCUGUGUGUGUGUGUGUGUGUGUGUGUGUGUGUGUGUUGGGAAGAAACAUGGGCUGGGGCAUUCAGAAAUCAUGUGUGUAUUAGCUGAGCCCAUGUCUUCUCCCUUUUGACUCCAAAGAUCUGAGAAUCUUAGAAUAUAUCCAAUACCUGCCUGAUGCUUCAGUUUGCAGAGACCAAUAAUUACUGAAUAAAUGUUUUUCCUUUCUGGAAAUGUUCAAUCUAUUACCAAUAUUAUCUAGAAAUGUUAAGAUUACUUCCAACACAGCCUAUUAAUGAAGGCAGUAAAAAAUUAUUUGACAAAUAUACUUUUCUUAUAUACAUAUACAUAUGUACAUACGUACAUACAUACAUACAUACAUACAUACAUAUAUUUCUUACUAGCAGUUUCUGCCUUUUGGAAACCAGACACAGUUAGUAACUUUAGUUAAAGCACCUAGUUGGUAGCACUUGGGUGUAGGGUUAGAUUUUGUUAUUGCUGUAGUCCCUGCAUUGGAUGAUGGGUCAAAUCUUGAACAGGCAAGUUUGGAUUGAAUAUAGCCAAUUUGUUUCUAAGCUUUGACUUGUUGUAUGAAGCUAAAAUCUAAUAUGUGGGGAAUGGAGGGAGAAUUGAUUAGAAAGGCAAUUUUGUUAUUGCACUUUGUUAAGAGCUGUAUGUUGUCCAGAGAAAAUCAGAUAACGCUUAUGGACUGUUUCAGCAUGAAGUUGAAAAUUGGGUUUGAGAUUUGAAAGUUGUGCUUGUAUCUGUGUUGAGAUGGUUAUUACCAUGGAUUCACAUCAUCACAAGCAAGAAGUUUAGGUCGCACCGCACUGCCUUCCAGCUAGGGCUGGGGAAGACACACUUCCCACUUAGGAAGACAGUAAUGAGGGAUGGAGAAUAGACGACACAGCUGAAGGAGAUACGUGUCAGAUUCUGCUGUGUAUAGAUGCAACAUGCUUGCUUAUUCUUGAUGGCUUGUAGAGUCAACUAGCUUUCUGUCGGCAGCAUAUUUGUAAAUGAAAAUAGGGUGAAGUGGGGUCAUAGAAAGAUGUCUACGACACUGUCUCAAAAUUGGACUUAGGAUUUGAUGCCAAACAGCUUGCAAUUACCUGUCUACCCAAAAGAGCAUCGUGUUUUGUGACACCACAUUAUUGGUGGUGCAGCUAACGUUGACAUAACUGCUUAGACUUGCUUCAAGACUGAGGGGCGGAAGGCUACCAGUCACGGACUUGAGAAGUUUUGUAGAAUACUACAUGGUAGGAGAAAGACAUAGAAAAUUCUUUACCUCUGCAGCACAGAUCUAUGAAGCCUGGUGAAGCCUAAAAUACAGAAAUAAAGCAGCUCCUACUUACAGUAUGACUCUUAUAAGCUGUGUUAGAUCUUGCCACAGACAGGACUUUUGGACAGGGGAAUUGAUAAGGAGCAAUGAGGCUGUGUUCUUAUACUGUCGUCUCUCAAGACAAAUCAUUUCUCAGGAAUAAGUCUAUCCUAAACUAUUAUUGAAUGUUGUGACCAAUGAUGGCUUUUAGAUGUAUGAGUCAGCUUUUGAUGUUACUUUAUUUCCUAUUUUGCACUUAAGAGGUUUAUUUCAUAUGCCAUCCCUUGACCUGGGAAACAUCUGCUUUUUGUUUAAUGACAUUCUUUAAAAACACACACACACACACCCAAAUAAAAAAUAUUAGAUACAUAUUAUUAUGUAUUUAAUAUUUAUUAUUAUUAUUAUACAACAUCAGCCUAACCCAGAUCCUUAGGAAGGACUCGAUAGGUGGACAAAAAUGCCAAAUCCAGUCUAAACAUCUGGCUGACUGUGAGAUGAACCAUAACAACAACAACACCACCACACAGAAAAUCUGAAACUUCAGUCAGCUGCUCAAAGGCUGCAGUUCUGUGCCAGCUUCCUUAGGAGCAAUUCCCAUUGAGAUUUACAUUUCACGUUGGGUCUACAUACAAGAUGCAUUUUUAGAUAGCUUUGAAGAAAUAGAAAAUAAACUCUGGGCUUCUGUUAAUGUGAUUUCGAAGUAACUGAAAUUAGAACGUGGUUCAGUUAAAAUUCACAAUGUAUAAAUCAUAUCAGCUCUCAUGUGGACAUUUUCUUAGGCAGCUAAAUCUAUUUAAGCACCAGCUCACAAUGGUGACAUAAAUAUGUCUUGAGUAGCCAUAGCUAAGGUAGGCCCAUUUAAAGACAAAGGCAUAGACAAGCCUCGGUGUAAAAGAAAAGCCUUAUUUGACAGUACUUGGAAUUAUCGUUAUUUUCUGACUUGCCAGAAUAAAUGUGUUGAGAUUCACAUCUCUCUUUGGCUUCCUUGAUAUGUUGUAUUGCUGAAAGUUGGGAAAUCAAUUGAAGUAAUAAAUGCAAAAGGACAAAGUUGAAUUUGAAAUGGGUGAGAAUUAGUGAAGCGUACUUGGCUGUUCUCAACAUAGUCUCAACCAUUUCUCAGUAUUGCACAGAAGAAUGUUAUGGUUACAAUGUUUUAAACAAGAGCUGGUUUUGCAGUUAAUAAAAUGCCAGUGGGUUUUCUUGUAAGGCUCUGCUUUGUGGCUGUGGCACUCUUUUUCCCCUUUUGUUCCACUGGGUGAAGGGCAUUUUGGAAUUGACAUGGACAAUCUUUAAUAAAUCUGUGAUAAUCUACAAGAA